AUGAAGUCCGUCCUCAUCGCCCUCCUCGCUGCCGCCAGCACGGCGAGCGCCCACUACACCUUUCCCGAGCUCACUGUCAAAGGGACAAAGACUGGUCAAUGGAGUUAUGUCCGCAAGACAGCCAACUACCAGUCCAACGGCCCCACAACAGAUGUAACAGCCAACGCCAUCCGUUGCUACGAACUCUCCCCCGGAACUGGCUCAAAAACUUACACUGUCAAUGCCGGAGACUCUGUCGGCUUCACAGCCGUGUCCAGCAUCUCGCAUCCAGGACCCCUGCAAUUCUACCUUGCGAAAGUGCCAGAGGGCAAGACGGCGGCUAACUGGGAUGGAAGUGGUGAUGUGUGGUUCAAGAUCUACAGUCAGGGUGCUGACUUCUCUGGUGGUCAGAUGAACUGGCCUUCGAGUGGCAAACAAGAAGUCUCAGUGCCCCUACCCAAGUCCCUUCCUUCGGGCGAAUACCUUAUGCGCGUCGAGCACAUCGCGCUACACUCCGCUUCUGCAGUUGGCGGCGCACAGUUCUACAUUUCGUGCGCGCAGUUGAAGGUUGAGAACGGUGGCAGUGGAACACCAGGACCCAAGGUUGCUUUCCCAGGAGCUUACAAGGCGGAUGACAAGGGUAUUCAAAUCAACAUUUACUACCCUGUUCCCACGAGCUACACGCCUCCUGGACCGGCUGUGUGGAGUGGAUAG